CAUAAUUAAUAAGUUAUAAUCUUCUUCAUUGACAGCCAGUCCAGGAGACUUUUCUGUUCAUCUCCUGGGGCUCUGGCUUGUUUGAACCAAAUUUCUAAAGUUGUAUUAAAUUCAAUUCUUUGUUAAAGUUUUGAAAUUUUUCAUUUUAAUCCCCAUGUGGAGUCGCCUUCUUCUUCUUAACGCUUAAUUUUCUUCUGCUUUGAUUGGUUUUUUUUAAAUUGUUUUUAUUGAUAGAAUAGCAACAAUGGCUAACCGUUCACCAGACAAAAAAUCUGGUUGCGGGUUAUUGAACGCGGUGUUCGGGCGGCGGUGGUCGCGGAGGACCACCUCCACAGGUUCAAUUCCGAUCAUCAACAGCAAGGAAGAAUUUGUCAAAAUGCCGAGCUUUAACUCAAAGAGAAGAAGAAACAGCACAGAUGAGAGUACUUUAAUGGAAAACCAACCUGAGAACUUUCUAGAAACGUCUCAAAAACCGGUAGCUAAGCCUCCUUCGACGACUCAGAAACAACUAAAACCGCCGCAGCAGCCGCCCCGGAAAGCUCCUGAAUAUGAACAAAAAACGACUUCCAAAGCUCAGGCUAACCAUAUGGGGUAUGUUAACAAUGGAAGGAGAGUUCCAAAAGAAGCCGUGGGGAUUUCCGGCGAGCUCGAAAGCAUGAUUGUCGAACAACAGAGGGCUAGAGGAGGUGGAGGGAACGCAAAUCUCAUCAGGGCGUCGUCGAGCAACAUGAUGCUAGCCGGAAAUUUAGGAAAUUUAAAAACAGGCGGCGGAGGGAAAGAAAAUUUAUACGAUCAGUUAGAUAGUUAUCUUCCGAAACCGAGAGAGCAAGAAAUGAGCAAAACGUCGCCGUCUUCUUCUGCCGGAAAAGCUAAUAACAACAAAUAUUCGAACAGCGUGAUGGGAAAUGUGGUGAAGACCAAACAGAACAAUGAUCAGCAGGAAAGUUAUAAGCCGAAACCGGAGGAAAACUCUUCGUUAUGCAGGGCGCUAUCGACGAGGAUGGAUCCUGAGCAGUUGAAGAUAAUGGGAAAUGAAGACUACAAGAUGGGGAACUUCGCAGAGGCGUUGGCAUUGUAUGACGCGGCCAUUGCUAUCGACCCUAACAAGGCGUCGUAUCGGAGCAACAAAAGUGCAGCAUUGACAGCUCUGGGGAGGAUUCUUGAAGCAGUUUUUGAAUGCAGAGAAGCCAUUCGGAUUGAACCUCAUUAUCAUCGAGCUCACCAUCGUUUAGCUAACUUAUACCUCAAGUUAGGGGAAGUCGAGAAAGCUAUAUAUCAUUAUAAACAUGCAGGGCCAGAAGCCGAUCAGGUUGAUAUUGCCAAGGCUAAAUCGGUUCAAGUACAUCUUAACAAGUGCACAGAGGCCAAAAGGCUACGAGAUUGGAACACUCUGAUUAAAGUGACAGCGUCCGCCAUAUCAGCCGGAGCAGAUGCAGCGCCACAGAUUUUUGCUUUACAAGCUGAGGCUCUACUGAAACUUCAGAGGCACCAAGAUGCCGAUGAAGCCAUGAAGAAUGGUUCAAAUUUUGAUGUCGACGAUUGCACUAGGUUUUUUGGCCCCAUUGCUAAUGCCAAUUUGUUGGUUGUUAAAGCUCAAGUUAAUUUGGCUAUGGGCAGAUUUGAAGAUGCUUUGGAGGCGAUACAGAAAGCGGCAAAACUAGAUACGAACAACAAGGAGGCGAACAUUGUGAUGAGGAAGGCUAGGGCAGUGGCGGCGGCUCGAUCAAAGGGCAACGAACUAUUCAAAGGAGGAAACUUCGCCGAUGCAUGUGUUGCAUACGGUGAAGGACUGGACCACGAUCGGUACAACUCAGUUUUAUUGUGUAAUCGAGCAGCUUGUCGAUCCAAACUUGGCCAAUUUGAGAAAGCCAUUGAAGAUUGCAAUGCUGCGCUACACUUGUGUCCCAAUUAUAACAAGGCCAGGCUAAGAAGAGCCGACUGCAAUGCCAAGCUGGAGAGAUGGGAAGCUUCAGUGCAAGACUACGAGAUCUUGAAACAAGAAAAUCCCGAGGAUGAGGAGGUGAAUAAGGCUUUGCUUGAGGCCCAAACCCAGCUCAAGAAACAGCGAGGUGGGCCUUGAUCCAAGUUAGUACAGAGAUUAAAUCAAGCCCAAAACAAAACCCAAACAGAACAGAAGCUGCAUUAAAGAAGUAAUGUUUCGUGUACUUAUAAUAAAUAUUAAUUUGAAUACCAAUAAUAAUAUGUCAUUAUAUGAUUAAAUAUAAUAUUCUUAUUAAUUUAAAA